UAAAAAAUUGUAAAAGUGAAAAAUUUUUCUAAAAUUUUUGGAAAAGAAAUUUCAAUAGACUUUCAAAAAUUUUCAAAAAAAAAAUUGUAGAGGCGAGAAAUUUCUCAAAAAUUUUCUAAAUUGACAAUAAACAUACAAUUAUUAAAAAAACUAACUUUUCGACGCAAAUUUAACCAAACUUUAAACGAGAAAAACUAAAACAUCCUUCGACAACACAAGUCUUUAAAUCUCUUGACGAAUUAUCGAAUUGUCAAACUCGAAAAAAGAAAAAGAAAGAAAGAAAUCGAAAUCCAUCUGGAUGAAAAACGCGCGAAAAGAUAUAAGGCGUCGAACGAUUCUCCCUUUAUUAAUUCCGCAUCAUGUGGCCAACCGCACACGUGAAAAAUAAUGGAAAACCGUUGGGGCUGGCCCGGCUCGAUAAGCUACGAUAAAUAAAUCGAAAAGUGCAUCGGCUCGUGAAAGUCGUGGAGGGGCCCGGCCACGUCCGCGUUUUUUUUCCCCAGAAAAAGCAGCUUCUGCGCAAGGAUGGCGCGAGGAGAGGAUGGAUAGCUAUAAAAGCGGGAUCGGGACUGGCACGGUUUCCAGUCACGUACACAACCCUGUUUCUCGUAUCGAGAGGGUGGGUCCUCUCUGCGCGAGGAAAGAAAGAAAGAAAGAAAGAAAGAAAGAAAGAAAAGAGGAGAAAAAGAUAAUCUACACUCGCGGAUUCCUCGCUAUGUGAGAGGGGAAGGGGCGAGAAAAGAGUGGGCUCGGGGGUGUGAGGGAGAGGGAUAUACUAUGUCCUUCGAGAAGGGGUCGAGCAGUGAUCGCUACACCGAGGAAGAUGAUGAGAACGGUGGAGAACGGGGGGAGAUCGAGGGUGAUCCUCGUCGCUGUCGUGUACCUCAGCCUUUUUCUGGACAACGUGUUGCUCACCGUUGUUGUGCCUAUCAUACCGGAUUACCUUUGCACGCUGGAUGGAAAUUCGACGGGGGACGGUGAGGGCGACGAGAACGGACGAGUGGGUUUGUUAUUGAGCUCGAAGGCGUUGGUUCAAUUGAUAUUGAAUCCAGCUGUGGGCACCUUUACCGGCACUCUCGGUUACACGAAACCGUUGCUCCUUGGGAAUCUGAGCCUUCUAUUGGCGGCAACGCUGUUCGCGUUCGGCCAAACUUACGAAGUACUGUUCCUGGCACGAAGCGUCCAAGGCAUUUCCUCCGCUUGUAUCGGCGUUUCCGGCAUGUCGCUGGUCGCCUCCCAAUACCCGGAAGAGGACAAGAGGUCGAGGAUCAUGGGCUUCGUCCUUGGAAGCAUCGCGCUGGGGGUACUCGUCGGAUAUCCGAUUGGCUCCGUUCUCUACGACCUCGAGGGGAAAAUGGCCCCCUUCCUCCUCGUCUCCUGCUUCAUCGUCCUCGCCAUAUGUCUGCAGAUUUUCACGCUCAACGUGGAAACGAGUACCGCCGAGCCCAUCGACCGAGAAACCUCUUGGACCCACCUGCUGUCCGACCCGUACAUACUGAUCAUCUUCGGGGCUAUAUGGUGUUCAACGUCACCAAUGGCCAUCCUGGAGCCCUGCCUGCCAAUCUGGCUCCGAGCUCACAUAAAGCCCAAGAAAUGGCAGCUGGGGACGGUGUUCAUCCCGGACAGCAUAGGCUACCUGGUUGGGACGAAUUUCUUUGGCGUGAUAGCUUAUCGCUACGGGCGUAGCAAAAUCGCCGUUCUGGCCAUGCUGUUGGUCGGGAUCAGCGCCAUUUUGAUACCCUCCUCCCGAACGAUGUCGCAACUGAUAGUCCCGCAUCUGGGGAUGGGUUUGGGUAUCGGAGUGGCGGACGCCGCGCUGGUCCCACUGUUGGCCAGCCUCGUGGACCAAAACGGCAAUUACGGCCCCGUGUACUCGAUCCAACAAGUGGCAGUCAGCCUGGCCUAUUCUCUUGGGCCCAUAGCGGGUGGAGAAAUGGCGAAGACGAUCGGUUUCCAAUGGGUUAUGCGAGUCGUCGGGUUAAUGAACAUCGGCUAUUGCCCUCUACUCGUAUACCUAACACUGGAGAGGAGGAAAUUAUUAAAGGAUGAGAAGAGGGAUUACGAGACGUUCCAGAAAUCGGUGGCGAAAUACGAGCGGUUCCGGGACUCUGACGACGAUCUCUGAUCAUUACCAGAAGAUUGUAUCUUCUAUUUUAUAUAAUUCCAUCGGAAAUUAAUCCUUACGAUUUAUCCUUUCUUCGUCGAAUUAAUCGAAUUUCAGAAUCGAACGAAAUGAUGGCUGGAAAUUUUUGUCAAUAAAUAAAUGUCGAAUUCCUGUGUAUAUAUGUGUGUGCGUGUGUGUGUGAAAAGCGUAUAUGAAAAGUUGAAUAAUGAUAUUUCCAAUAAAAUUCCCUAAAUUAUUCCCUAGACAAAUAUCAUAACCUCAAUUGUUGCUUCAACUAGUCUCUUAUACGAUGAUAAUUAAAUAAAUUUGACGAGUCGCAUGGAAGAAUUAAAAAA